UCAUGAAUAACAAUACUGCCCAUUCAGGAAGCGAUCAUUAAACAGAAAUAUUGUCCUGUUUUCUCAUUCCCUGUGGAAUAUAUUUGAUUUGUUCUCGUCUGCUCUUUGCAAUAGAGUGGAAGUUACUUACCGUAUCGGUAUAAAGUGAAAUAUCGUCAAUAGUGUUAAUAUAUAUAAUAUUAAAAGACAUGAAAAGUGGGGUUUAUCAGUGUCUUCUCUUGUAUGUGUUCACCUCAGCUGCAUUUUCUGUCUCACCUUUGGAAGAACUCACUAACGCUCUCUCUUUUGGCAACUUUCUGGGGCCUCUUAAAGACUUGUUUAGAAAGGAGGACAGUGACAGCAGUUAUGCCAAGUUUUCGCUGCGGACAGCUUCAGACCCAGAAGAUGACCUUUGCUAUAUUAUCCCUGGAAAACCAGAGUCCCUAAGUGACUGCAACUUCAAUGCCACCUCCAAAACUUUUAUUGUGAUUCACGGAUGGACGAUCACUGGGAUGUUUGAGAGCUGGGUAGGCCAGCUGGUGAGUGCUCUGUACGAGAGGGAGCAGGAUGCCAACGUUAUAGUGGUGGACUGGCUCAACGUAGCACAAGACCUUUACAUCAAUGCGGCCCAGAACACAAAGUUUGUGGGAAAGGAGAUUGCGUACUUCAUCGACUGGAUGGAGGAGACAUCAAAUUUUUCCAUUGCAAAUCUUCACUUGAUUGGCUACAGUCUGGGUGCCCAUGUGGCUGGAUUUGCUGGAAGCCAGGCCUCAAGCAAAGUGGGCAGAAUAACUGGCCUGGACCCCGCGGGGCCUGACUUCGAGGGAUCGCAUGCUCACCGCCGCCUCUCGCCCGACGACGCGCACUUCGUGGACGUGCUUCACACCUUCACUCACAGCACUCUGGGCCUGAGCAUCGGCAUUGAGCAACCGGUGGGGCAUGUGGACAUCUACCCCAACGGCGGCACCUUCCAGCCAGGCUGUGACCUCGGCGCCGCCAUCCAGAACAUUGCCAAGUUUGGGAUGCUUGAGUGGCCUUCGGCAGUGACGGACGGAGUGAAGUGUGCGCACGAGCGCUCGGUCCACCUCUUCAUCGACUCGCUGCUGAACCAGGCCGAGGCCGGCCGGGCGUACGUCUGCGGCAGCGGCGACAUGUUCGACCGCGGCGUCUGCCUCGGCUGCCAGAACCACCGCUGCAACGAGGUGGGCUACGGCGUCAGGAAGGUCCGCAAGGGACACAGCCACAGGAUGUACACCAAGACCCGCGACUCCAUGCCCUUCAAAGUUUUUCAUUACCAGUUGAAGAUCCAUUUUGCUAGCAGUGUGAACCGAACCGCGAUGGACCCCACGCUCACGGUCUCUCUGUACGGGAUAAACGGCGAUGCAGAGAACCUCCGGCUGAAAAUAAUGGACAAGAUUUCGGUGAACAGGACCCACUCCUUCCUGCUGGUGACAGAGAAGGACAUCGGCGACCUUUUGAGGGUGGCGUUCCGGUGGGAGGAGCCCAGGGGCUGGUACCCUUCCAGUCUUCUGAGGAUGAUGUCCUCCUGGUGGUCAGGUGACUCGUCCAGUGGGGCUGACAUCAAGGUCCGCAAGAUCCGCGUGAAAGUCGGGGAGACCCAGAGGAAGAUGGUGUUCUGUGUGAAAGACCAUGACAGUCUGGCACAGGAGGUGACAUUUGACAAGUGUAAGGAUAGCUGGAGAAACCCUUCAAAAAGGCAUGCCACAAAGAUACACUGAGACACCUCUCCCUAGAGCAUUCUCCCCAGCUGUAGUUUUAUUUGUUAGUAGUACGAUUAUAUUAAUGAUAUUGUGUACAGAAACAUCUUGUCAUUUUUAUAUGUUUUGCAUUACUGUCUUAGUCUGAUGUGACACUUGUAUUUUACACUUUGUACUCUGUUCUGUAUCCCAUCUGUCAGUCCAAAGAUGUGCCUGUCAAAAAUAUGAAACUGCGACUUAUAUGAUCAAGGUGAUGGAAAGCUUGCAAAAGAUCUGCAUGAUGGGGUUUUUGGAUAUUUUUUUUGGACAUUUUCUCAGGAAAGAGGCAUGCAGUGCCUCAGCUGUGCAAAGGCAUGACUAAAAGAUUUUGUCAAAAGUAUUGCAAAGAUACAGUACCAGUCGAAAGUUUGGACACACUUUUCUUUCUUUACUUUUCACUAUUUCCACAUUUUAGAAUAAUAGUAAAGACAUCAAAGCUAUGAAAUAACACAAAUGGAAUUAUGCAACGACCAAAAAUGUGUUCGAAACAAAUCUAAACCUGUCUUAUAUUUUAGGUUCUUCAAAAUAGCCAAAAAAUAUUAUAUUAUUUUUUCAAAUUAAACUUUUUUGGAAAGACUUUCUUACAUGGGCACCAACUUCACUAUUUAUAAUUGUCUAAGAAACAAAUUUCAAGCAUUUAAGCAUAUGUUUUCUUUUC